CAGGCACGCGGCAGGUCAGGAGGGACUGGAAGCCAGAAAGGUAUGCGAGCUCCAUCAUAUGUAAGGUGGUCACGGUUUCUACAGAAGAUAAGGUGGGCUUUAUUGCUUGAAUUCAGUCUACUAUUCAUCCGGCGGGGACCCGAGUGUCGAGAGCAUCGAUAUCUUGAGGCAUACUAUUGUGUAAGUGAGUCUACCUAUACUAGGCGGAAAUCCGGCUCGUCAACGAUGGGAUAUCAGGCAUCUGUCACAGAAGGAUGGUGACAAUACUGUCGGUAAUCCGAUUAUCCGAGACUCUGUCGACAAGCAUCUGUGAGCAUAAAUAAGGGGGAAGAACGAGGCUCUUGGCUGAAGUGGAAUGCCGCUGAUAUAUUUCUUCCAUCAAGAGUUCUACUAAUCGAAUUGGAC